GGCGGAAACGCAGCGGCGCGGUGACAGCCGGGUAAAUUCACCGAUACAGGAAGAAAAAAGGCGAAGCCAGUGUGCUGCGGCUCCCACCCUGUCCACUCCCACGGAAAACACACCGAGGUCCCACACCUAAUCACUGCUUGACCAAUUCACCAGGUAUGGCAGAGUUGUCGAGUCUGGUGCAGCGGCUGGAGACGGCGGUGAGUCGCCUGGAGGCUGUGUCGGGCACUGGAGGCCCUGCUGGUGGAGCUGUGUCAGCGUACGUCGAGGCCUAUGAUGACAUUAUCAGCGGACCAGUGGCUCAGUAUAUCUCCCUCAGCCAGAACAUAGGGGGCGAUGUCAAGAAACAUGCGGACCUGAUGAAGGAGGCGUUCACCUGUCAGAGACAGCUGCUCGUCAUAGCCUCCUCCCACCAGAAGCCCCCAGAUGAAGUUUUGACAGGUCUCCUGCAGCCGGUUUCCAAACUGAUCAAUCAGGUGCAGGCGUUUCGCGAGCAGAACCGCUCCUCAACGUUCUUCAACCACCUCUCCGCCGUCAGCGAGAGCGUGCCUGCUUUCGGAUGGGUCGCCAUGGCUCCUAAGCCUUGCCCCUAUGUGAAAGAAAUGCAGGACGCUGCCAUGUUCUACACCAACCGUGUGCUCAAGGACUACAAGGAUAAGGACAAGGCGCACGUGGACUGGGUGAAGGCCUAUCAGUCCAUCUGGACCAAGAUGCAGGACUACAUCAAAGAGCACCACACCACCGGACUGGCCUGGAGCAAGACUGGUCCCAUAGCCUCAGCCUCAGCCUCUGCCUCUGCACCGGCCCCAGUUGGCGGGUGCCCCCCUCCCCCUCCACCUGGACCUCCACCCCCGCCCAUGGACUUCAGCUCGGGCGGUGGCGGCGACAGCGACGCCGGUGCCUCUCGGAACGCUUUGUUCGCCUCCAUCAACAAGGGGUCCGACAUCACCAAGGGCCUGAAGCACGUGUCCGACGACCAGAAGACCCACAAGAACCCCUCCCUGAGGGGGCAGGCGGCUCCAGUGCGCACCGGACCAAAACCCUUCUCCUCCGCUUCCCCCAGACCCGCCGCCUCUGCCACCCCCACCCGCACACUGCCCCCCGUGUUGGAGCUGGACGGCAAGAAGUGGAAAGUGGAGAACCAAGAGGGAGCACAGGGCCUGGUGAUCAGCGACACGGAGCUGAAGCAGGUGGUUUACGCUUUCAAGUGCAACAACAGUAUGCUGCAGGUCAAGGGAAAGAUCAACUCCAUCACUCUAGACAACUGUAAGAAAAUGAGCCUGGUGUUUGAUGAUGUGGUGGGCAUCGUAGAGGUGAUUAACUGCAGAGACGUCAAGGUUCAGGUCAUGGGCAAGAUCCCCACUAUCUCCAUCAACAAGACGGACGGUUGCCACGUCUACCUGAGCAAAGACUCGCUGAGCUGCGAGAUCAUCAGCGCCAAGAGCUCAGAGAUGAACAUCCUGGUACCCCAAAAAGACGGAGAGUUUUCGGAGAUCCCUGUUCCCGAGCAGUUCAAGACCGUGUGGGACGGGAAAAAACUCGUCACCACAGCAACAGAGAUCGCUGGAUAAGAGGGGCAGCGUGAGGAAACGCUCCGCCCCUCUCACCACCACCCCCCCUUUUUGCAAAUGCCUACCUGACUGAUCGACCGCCCAACCAGCUUACUCUCACACUGUAGACUGAGAUUCGGACCUCACACCCACCCACCCGCCCCCACCUCCCUUCCUUAAUCAGCCAAUCACAGCUUAAGCUGUUCCUUCCAUAAGCCAAUGAGAGGACUGCUUGCUUUAUCUGGAGCAUUCCUCCAGCCAAUCGCAGGGAGCAGCUUGUCAUUCAAAUUGGUUUUCCCCCAUGAGCACUUUGCAGAAACAUUGAGUUUUGCCAACAACUGGGAUGCUCUGUAUCUUUUUUUUUUUUUUUACCUAUCUGGAUAAUUGAAUGCUAAAUUGAACAUGUAGAAUAGCCAACAUGGGAACAGGGGGUUAUGAUUGGUCAUAUGGAUAUUGACAUCUCUGCAACAACACUGUAGCCAAUCAGGCUCCUAUUAUCAGGUUGCUUCAACCAAUCAUUUAAUUGUUUUUCUCCUCUUCCUGGUCAGGAGGUGCAGGUGUUUUUAAAUAGGGGUCUAAUAGGUUUCUCUUCCCAUUAUAUGCAAAUCAACGGUGAAGCACACAACCAAGCCUUUAGGACAAUGCUACCCAUAAUCGCCUCCACUGAUGUUGACUGUAACAAUAUUAACAUUGAUAGUGGAUAGUAAAAUCUAAUUUUAACCAUCUCAGAGCACAGAAAUAGAAGUUUUUUUGGGGGGGAAAAAAAAGAUUGUGUGCAAGGGCAUUGUCUGUUUUGCACCGUAAAGCACUUCAUCUUAAAGAUAUUGGAACAAAGAUUCUCUAAUGAGGAAGAAUAAAUCAUUCCAUGUGCUUUCCCCUUCCCACAUAGGACAUUCCCCUGAAUAUUUGAGAUAAACAUUCCAUGUAAGGAGGCAUGCAAGAAAAAAAAAACUGUGGCAAAGAGCAAAAGAGGUUAUUUUUGAAUGAUGAGUGGCUCCUGACUUUGAACCAAACUGGAAGUGGAAGAAAGCAGUAGAGGAGAGAGAUUGAAGGACUUAAUCAUCGGUGGUUGUUAAAGCUUCCCUUUGAACUCUUGAUUGGAAAUAUCUGCCGUAAUAAUUUAAUGAUCUGUAUACAUAUAGGUUGUUAUUGAAUGGUUUUCAAGUAUUAGCCCCACCAUCAUUCUCUCCGUUCACUCCUAGCCAUGUGUUCACUUGUUUCUCUUCGGUUAUCCUCUUGCUGUUGCGGCUGUUGUGCUCUUAGCAGAUGGAUUUUCUUUUGUAUCGUCUCUUUUCUUUUACCUCUUUAUUUGGGUCCAGAAUCAAAACUCUGUUCAUUAGUACUGGAGACAUCAUU